GUACCCCCCACACCGCCCGCCAAGAUGGUGGCCCUGUCCCUGAAGAUCUGUGUCCGCCAGUGCAACCUGGUGAAGACCAUGCAGUUUGAGCCGUCCACGGCCGUCUACGACGCCUGCAGAAUCAUCAGAGAGAGGGUUCCCGAAGCCCAGACUGGAAAAGCCUCAGACUACGGCCUGUUCCUUUCUGAUGAGGACCCCAGGAAAGGAAUCUGGCUGGAGUCAGGAAGAACUCUGGAUUAUUACAUGCUGCGGAAUGGGGAUAUCCUUGAUUAUAAGAAGAAACAGAGGCCAUUGAAGAUCAAGAUGCUGGAUGGAGCUGUGAAAACCAUCAUGGUGGACGACUCCAAAACAGUGGGAGAGCUGCUAGUGACGAUAUGCAGUAGAAUAGGAAUCACCAACUACGAGGAGUACUCUCUGAUCCAGGAGGUAAUGGAGGAGAAGAAGGAGGAUGGGACGGGCACCCUGAAGAAAGACAGGACCCUGCUCCGAGACGAGAGGAAGAUGGAGAAACUCAAAGCUAAGCUUCACACAGACGACGACUUGAACUGGCUUGACCACAGCAGAACGUUCCGUGAGCAGGGGGUGGAGGAGACCGAAACUCUUCUGCUCAGGAGGAAGUUCUUCUACUCAGACCAGAACGUGGACUCACGAGACCCGGUCCAGCUCAACCUGCUCUACGUCCAGGCACGAGAUGACAUCCUAAAUAGUUCUCACCCUGUGUCCUUCGACAAGGCCUGUGAGUUUGCAGGGAUUCAGGCUCAGAUCCAGUUUGGACCGCACAUAGAACACAAACACAAACCUGGAUUCCUAGACCUCAAGGAGUUUCUACCUAAAGAAUAUAUCAAGCAGCGAGGGAAUGAAAAGAAAAUCUUUCAGGACCACAAGAACUGUGGUGAGAUGACAGAGAUAGAAGCUAAAGUAAAGUACGUGAAGCUAGCCAGGUCCCUAAGGACAUACGGAGUGUCUUUCUUCCUGGUGAAGGAGAAGAUGAAGAGUAAGAAUAAGCUGGUUCCCAGGCUGUUGGGGAUAACCAAAGAGUCAGUGAUGAGGGUGGAGGAGAAGACCAAAGACGUGGUGCAGGAGUGGCCCCUCACCACUGUAAAGAGAUGGGCCGCCUCGCCCAAGAGCUUCACCCUGGAUUUUGGGGAGUACCAGGAGAGCUACUACUCAGUCCAGACCACUGAGGGAGAACAAAUCUCUCAGCUCAUCGCUGGUUACAUCGACAUCAUCCUCAAAAAGAAGCAAAGUAAAGACCGUUUUGGUUUAGAAGGAGAUGAAGAAUCCACCAUGCUGGAAGAAUCCGUCUCCCCAAAAAAGUCGACGAUCCUGCAGCAGCAGUUUAACCGUGUGGGUCGUGUGGAGCAUGGUUCUGUGGCUCUACCAGGGGUGAUCAGGUCUGGCUCUAUAGGAGCAGAGUCUCUCAGCAUGGGCACCAUGCCUUCUGCACAGCAACAGGUCAUCAUGGGACAGAUGCACCGAGGACACAUGCCACCACUGAGCUCGGCCCAGCAGGCCCUGAUGGGGACCAUCAACACCAGUAUGCAGGCAGUACAGCAGGCACAGGCUGAUCUGGGAGAGGUGGACAACCUGCCUCCUCUGGGACAGGACAUGGCGUCCAAGGUGUGGAUCCAGAACAAGGUGGAUGAGUCCAAACAUGAGAUCCACUCCCAGGUGGACGCCAUCACCGCAGGAACAGCUUCUGUGGUCAACCUCACCGCUGGCGACCCGACAGACACAGACUACACUGCAGUGGGCUGUGCCAUCACCACCAUCUCCUCCAACCUGACAGAGAUGUCUAAGGGUGUGAAGCUACUGGCUGCUCUUAUAGAGGACGACACGGGCGGGAGCAAUGACCUUAUGGGUGCCGCUAGGAACCUUGCUGGGGCCGUCUCUGACCUGCUCAAGGCUGUGGAACCUGCCUCCGGAGAGCCCCGUCAGACAGUGCUGAGUGCAGCAGGCAGUAUAGGCCAGGCCAGUGGAGACCUGCUGCUUCAGAUAGGAGAGAACGAGUCAGACGAGAGGUUCCAGGAGGUGCUGAUGAACCUGGCCAAGGCGGUGGCCAACGCGGCAGCCAUGAUGGUGCUGAAGGCUAAGAACGUGGCCCAGGUGGCAGACGACACGGUCCUACAGAACAGAGUCAUCGCUGCUGCCACGCAGUGUGCCCUCUCCACCUCCCAGCUGGUCGCCUGUGCCAAGGUGGUGAGUCCCACCAUCAGCUCCCCAGUGUGCCAGGAGCAGCUGAUUGAGGCAGGGAAGCUGGUGGACCGCUCAGUGGAGGGCUGUGUCCAGGCCUGUCUGUCUGCCACAGUCGACGGGGAGAUGCUGAAGCAGGUGAGUGCUGCAGCCAGUGUUGUCGGUCAGGCCCUGGGGGACCUGCUGGAGCACGUAUGCCACUACGCCUCCCACGGCGAGCCCAUUGGUCGCUACGACCAGGCCACCGACACCAUCAUGACUGUAACAGAGAGCAUCUUCAGCUCCAUGGGAGACGCAGGAGAGAUGGUUCGUCAGGCCAGGGUCCUGGCUCAGGCCACCUCUGACCUGGUGAAUGCCAUGCGGUCAGAUGCUGAGGUGGAAGUGGAUGUUGACAACUCUAAGAAGCUUCUUGCUGCAGCUAAACUACUGGCAGACGCUACAGCCAGGAUGGUGGAGGCUGCUAAGGGCGCAGCGGCAUACCCAGAGAACGAGGACCAGCAGCAGAGACUGAGGGAGGCGGCUGAGGGGUUACGCGUGGCCACCAACGCUGCAGCUCAGAACGCCAUCAAGAAGAAGCUCAUUAACAGGCUCGAGAAUGCGGCCAAGCAAGCUGCAGCUGCAGCCACCCAGACCAUCGCUGCCUCCCAGAAUGCAGCAGCCUCCAACAAGAACACCGCCGCUCACCAGCAAUUGGUGCAGAGCUGCAAGGCCAUGGCAGACCACAUUCCCCGGCUGGUCCAGGGGGUAAGGGGCAGCCAAGCCCAGCCUGAAGACCUCACUACCCAGCUAGCCCUCAUCAUCACCAGCCAGAACUUCCUACAGCCUGGCAGUAAGAUGGUGACAUCAGCGAAGUCGUCUGUUCCCACGGUGAUGGACCAGGCCGCUGCUAUGCAGCUGGGUCAGUGUGCCAAGAACCUGGCCACCAGCCUGGCAGAGCUCAGAACCGCAGCACAGAAGGCCCACGAAGCCUGCGGCCCCAUGGAGAUCCACUCAGCUCUCACAGCCGUCCAGACUCUGAAGACUGAGCUCCAAGACGCCAAGAUGGCUGCCAUAGACAUGCAGCUGAAACCACUACCUGGAGAAUCGUUGGAGAAGUGUGCUCAGGACCUGGGCAGCACCUCCAAGUCUGUGGGAUCCUCCAUGGCUCAGCUGCUCACCUGUGCUGCACAGGGCAGCGAACACUACACAGGGUUAGCAGCCAGAGAGACAGCCCAGGCCCUGAAGACUCUAGCCCAGGCAGCGCGGGGCGUGGCAGCCUCUACCACCAACCCUCAGGCAGCGGCGUCCAUGUUGGAUUCAGCCUGUGAUGUUAUGGAAGGCUCGGCCAUGCUGAUCCAUGAGGCCAAGCAGGCCCUGGUCUCUCCCGGUGACGCAGAGAGCCAGCAGAGGCUAGCCCAGGUGGCCAGGGCUGUGUCCCACUCUCUGAAUAACUGUGUCAACUGCCUGCCUGGCCAGAAGGAUGUGGACAUGGCCCUCAGGAGCAUUGGAGAGGCCAGCAAGAAACUGCUGGGAGAAACGCUCCCUCCAUCCACCAGGUCGUUCCAGGAGGCCCAGAGCGAGCUGAACCAGACCGCAGCAGAUCUGAACCAAUCAGCUGGAGACGUGGUCCAUGCCUCCCGCGGCUCCAGCACCCAGCUCGCAGACGCAUCUGGGAAGUUCAGCGAAGACUUUGAUGAGUUCUUGGACGCCGGCAUUGAGAUGGCUGGGCACACUCAGAGGAAAGAUGAGCAGAUCCAGGUGAUAGGUAACCUGAAGAACAUCUCCAUGGCUUCCAGCAAGCUGCUCCUGGCAGCCAAGUCUCUGUCUGUAGACCCUGGGGCAGCUAACGCCAAGAACCUUCUGGCUGCUGCUGCAAGAGCAGUGACAGAGAGCAUUAACCAGCUAAUCACACUGGCCACACAGCAGGCCCCGGGACAGAAGGAGUGUGACAAUGCCCUACGAGAGCUGGAGGCGGUGAAAGGAAUGCUAGCCAGCCCCAACGAGCCAGUCAGCAACCUCUCCUACUUCCACUGCAUCGAGAGCGUCAUGGAGAACUCCAAGGUCCUGGGAGAGUCCAUGGCUGGCAUUUCUCAGAACUGUAAAACCGGGGAUGUGCCAGCGUUUGGGGGCUGUGUGGGACUGGCCUCCAAGGCCCUGUGUGGGCUCACUGAGGCUGCAGGACAGGCCUCCUACCUGGUGGGCGUGUCUGACCCCAACAGUCAGGCAGGGCAUCAGGGGUUGGUCGACGCCAUCCAGUUUGCACGAGCCAAUCAGGCGAUCCAGAUGGCCUGUCAGAACCUGGUGGAUCCGGACAGCAGCCCCUCACAGGUGCUGUCGUCUGCCACCAUCGUAGCAAAGCACACAUCAGCUCUUUGCAACGCCUGUCGCCUGGCCUCCUCCAAGACAGCCAACCCCACAGCCAAGAGACACUUUGUCCAGUCUGCCAAGGAGGUGGCCAACAGCACAGCCAACCUGGUCAAAACUAUAAAGGCUCUGGAUGGUGAUUUCUCUCAGGAGAAUAGGAACACGUGUCUGGUGGCCACAGCUCCACUCAUAGAGGCUGUUGAGAACCUCACAGCGUUUGCGUCUAAUCCAGAGUUCGCCAGCGUCCCUGCUCAGAUCAGCAAUGAGGGCUCUGCCGCUCAGGAGCCCAUCCUCCAAUCAGCUCGCUCCAUGCUGGACAGCUCCACCCACCUGCUGAAGACUGCACGUUCACUGGUUAUUAACCCCAAAGAUCCACCCACCUGGUCGGUCCUGGCUGGCCACUCUCGGACUGUGUCCGACUCCAUCAAAGGUCUCAUCACGGCCAUCAGGGACAAGGCUCCAGGCCAGAGGGAGUGUGACUACUCCAUAGAUAACAUCAACAGAUGUAUCCGGAACAUUGAGCAGGCCUCGCUAGCCGCAGUCAGCCAGAACCUGGCCAGCAGGGAUGACAUCUCACUGGAGGCCUUGCAAGAGCAGCUGACGUCCACAGUGCAAGAGAUUGGAUACCUAAUCGACCCAAUAUCUACAGCCGCCAGAGGGGAAGCUACCCAACUAGGACACAAGGUGACCCAGUUGGCGGGCUACUAUGAGCCUCUGAUCAGGGCGUCGGUGGGCGUGGCGUCCAAGCUGCAGGACCACCAGCAGCAGAUGGCCUUCCUGGACCAGACUAAGACCCUGGCAGAGUCCGCUCUGCAGAUGAUCUACGCAGCCAAGGAGGGAGGAGGAAACCCCAAGGCGUCCCAUACCCAUGAUGCCAUAGCGGAGGCUGCUCAGCUGAUGAGGGAGGCGGUGGAUGACAUCAUGGUGACCCUGAACGAGGCCGCCAGCGAAGGGGGUAUGGUGGGCGCCAUGGUGGACUCUAUCGCUGAGGCCAUGGGCAGGCUGGACGAGGGGACUUCUCCUGAACCAGAAGGAUCGUUUGUAGACUACCAGACUACCAUGGUGAAAUACUCCAAGGCCAUUGCGGUCACCGCCCAGGAAAUGAUGACCAAGUCUGUGACGUGUCCAGAGGAGCUGGGGGGUCUGGCCUCUCGGGUGACCACAGACUACAGCCAGUUGGCGCUGCAGGGACGUCUGGCCGCGCACACUGCAGAACCCCAGGAGAUUGGUUUCCAGAUCAAGGCUGGUGUCCAGGAGCUGGGUCACGGCUGUAUCUUCCUGGUGCAGAAGGCUGGAGCGCUGCAGAUCACCCCCUCAGACAGUUACACCAAGAGAGAGCUCAUAGAGUGUGCCCGCACCGUCACAGAGAAGGUGUCGAUGGUGCUGUCGGCCCUACAGGCUGGUAAUAAGGGCACUCAGGCCUGCAUCACAGCUGCCAGUGCUGUCUCUGGCAUCAUCGCUGACCUGGACACCACCAUCAUGUUCGCCUCCGCUGGCACACUCAACGCAGAGAAUGACGAGUCCUUCGCUGACCACAGGGAGAACAUAUUGAAGACAGCGAAGGCUCUGGUGGAGGACACUAAGAUGUUGGUGUCUGGAGCAGCGUCCGGUCAGGACAAACUAGCCCAAGCUGCCCGGUCCUCAGCUAAGACCAUCACACAGCUCACUGACGUGGUCAAACUGGGCGCCGCCAGCAUCGGCUCUGACGACCCAGAGACACAGGUGGUUCUGAUCAACGCAGUGAAAGAUGUGGCUAAGGCCCUGGCUGAGCUCAUAGGAGCCACUAAGUGUGCUGCGGGCAAGGCUGCAGACGACCCGUCCAUGUACCAGCUGAAGAGUGCUGCCAAGGUGAUGGUGACCAACGUGACGUCCCUGCUGAAGACGGUGAAGGCUGUGGAGGACGAGGCCACGCGGGGGACCAGAGCCCUGGAGGCCACCAUUGAAUGUAUUAAACAGGAACUCACGGUGUUCCAGUCUAAGGACGUCCCGGAGAAGUCGACCACGCCUGAAGAGUUCAUCCGCAUGACCAAGGGCAUCACCACGGCAACAGCCAAAGCAGUGGCGGCUGGGAACUCUGCACGACAGGAGGAUGUGAUCUCCACAGCUAACCUGAGUCGCAAGGCCAUCUUCGACAUGCUGACCACAUGCAAGCAAGCAGCUUACCACCAGGAGGUGAACAAGGACGUACGGAGCAGAGCGCUGCUCUACGGGACAGAGUGCACCACAGGUUACAUUGACCUACUGGAGCAUGUGCUGCUGGUCCUCCAGGGGCCUACAGCAGAGCAGAAGCAGCAGCUGGUGUUCUACUCUAAACGUGUUGCUGGAGCUGUUACUGAACUCAUCCAGACUGCUGAGGCCAUGAAAGGCACAGAGUGGGUGGACCCAGAGGACCCCACAGUGAUAGCAGAGACAGAGCUGUUGGGGGCGGCAGCGUCCAUCGAAGCAGCGGCUAAGAAACUGGAGCAGCUGAAACCCAGAGCCAAGCCCAAGCAAGCAGAUGAAACGCUGGACUUUGAGGAGCAGAUCCUGGAAGCAGCUAAGUCCAUCGCUGCGGCCACCAGUGCCCUGGUCAAGUCUGCUUCAGCUGCCCAGAGAGAGCUGGUGGCUCAGGGCAAGGUGGGCUCUAUUCCAGCUAACGCAGUGGAUGAUGGUCAGUGGUCCCAGGGUCUCAUCUCAGCGGCCAGAAUGGUAGCAGCAGCCACCAGUAACCUGUGUGAGGCAGCUAAUGCCUCGGUCCAGGGCCAAGCCAGUGAGGAGAAGCUGAUCUCGUCAGCCAAGCAGGUGGCAGCCUCCACAGCCCAGCUCCUAGUGGCCUGUAAGGUUAAAGCUGACCAGGACUCUGAGGCCAUGAGGAGACUACAGGCUGCUGGUAACGCAGUAAAGAGGGCGUCGGACAACCUGGUCCGAGCGGCCCAGAAAGCAGCGUUCCACAAGGCAGACGAUGACAACGUGGUGGUCAAGACCAAGUUUGUGGGAGGAAUCGCUCAGAUCAUUGCAGCCCAGGAGGAGAUGCUGAGGAAGGAGAGAGAGCUGGAGGAGGCCAGGAAGAAGCUGGCUCAGAUCAGACAGCAGCAGUACAAGUUCUUACCCAGUGAACUACGGGAGGACGAGAACUGAGCUAUACCGUGCUGCAUUGCCAUGCUGCCGCUGUGUGUGUGUGUGUGGGUGGGUGUGUGUGUGUAUUGAGUGCAUUUGUACCUGUGUGUGUAUAUGUAGUAUGUUACCACACACAUGAGCGGUGGCCCAAAUGGACUUUAUUCGUGUGCAACAAGGUUAAGUUGGCCUUUUAAUGUGCCCACUCAACCAGUGGGGUCAAGCCCAGAAUGGGACAUGGAUAGCCACUGUCUACUACACCUGCAUGGUCUUUAACUACCAGGAGUUGUCUACUACCACUAUGACUUGGCUUGUAACGGUCUGUUACCAUGCAUUACCUGCCAGUUAACCUACACCGGAAUAGUCUUCUCUAGAAGCAAUGGAUUUGUAACAGGUGAACAAGCUGAAAAUGUGCAUGCUAAUAGUUUGAAUGUCUUUCUCUAUGGAGCUAUACAUUUGAUGUGAUUAGAUACCAGUGUUGACAUUGAAUCUACAAACUAAGGGGAUAUUUCUAGAUGUUAGCAUGGUCUUAACCUUUUGGUCGGACUUUCUUUCAUAAAGGAAGAAGAGUGUGAUAUGUUAGGUGCAUACAGUACAUUAGGCAUUUACACACACAUUGCUAUUCAUUUCCUCUUUUAUGAGACAAGUGAGAAAUUAUAGCAUUUCAUAGAUAUUACUAGUGUUUGAAAUGCCACACGUGGGUGAUUUGACACUUAUGUCACCUUGUGGUCUAUAUAUAUAUAUAUAUAUAUAUAUAUAUAUAUAUAUAUAUAUAUAUAUAUAUAUAUAUAUAUAUAUCCUCCUUGUCAGACAGCAAGUAAUUCAGACAGUUGAGGUAUUUGGAGCAUAUUGAAGAAUAGCUUAUGAAUCUUAUUUCAUGGAAGCAUUUUUUGUCGCAUUCACCGUUCGGGUUGCGUAGACCCUUUUUAAAAAUCCUUGUUUAGAUGUGCUCUUGACACUGAAGAUUGAAAUGUACCUAGUGUUGAUAAACGCUUAAAUGUGCGUCAAAUUGCUAGAGACCUCUUUACAACAACCUCUUAUGAUGCAUUACAAUCUAGUACUUUAUUAUUUCUGUGAUUUGGAGACGAAGUUACUACAGAAUAACAUUUUUAGCAAGUUAAGAUACUCUGACAUUUACAGUAAGCUUAACUAGUCUCAUCCCUUCCACUACUACAGAUCUCCUAGCCCUGCAUAACCUGGACCGUGGACAGUCAGUUAACUGGCUUCCUUCUACUAUUCUCAUUAGUUUACAGUUGAUAUUGAGCCAUACAGCUGGAACUGAUGUUCAUGAAGCAAUACUAUGAAGGCGCUGUAGGGGGCAGUGUUGGUGUCCUCACAGACUCCUGACAAGCAAUGUAAUGAAGUGCACUCUUGCUUGAUCUUUUCAAACCUCAAACACUACAAACACUGCACCUCUGAAAACCGUUCUGAUACUGUAAGAAAAAAUACUAAUGUAGGAAACAACUGCUGGUCUUGAAAAUGUAUUACGAUUUAAGUAGGAGUUUAAAAAAAAACAUCCAGGCAAAAAAAUAAAUAAAGCGUGAUUUCUCUACAACUCAUAAUGCAAACUUAAAUGGAUGGCUCUGAUAUUGUAACACCCCAGACCUCUUGAAUGAAUGUGAAGUGGUAAAUCUUUGUUGACUAUACACAAUGUACUGUGCUUCUGAUGGUUACCCCUGCUGUCUUACACGGGGCAGAGUCCCCCAUCCCUCCAUAGGGGCCUGUUGGACCACUACCGUGGAUCACGUCCUGUUGUUGUUCACCUGUUGAAUCCGUCUCACUCUUACUCUAAUGGUGCUUUGUGUAACUCUAGUGGGAAGUACUACUAUUGCAGUAUAUUUACCUUCUGUUUGCCAGGGUUGUGUUCAUUAUGCACCAAAAGGAGGAAAACGGAGGAGUGACUACCUAGAAUUGUCCAAUAUAACAACAAAAAAAUCCUAAUGAACACAACCCAGGUUUGGUUCUAGCGUUUGGUUUUACUAGUUUUAUGGACAGUCAGUGAGUGUCGGUUAGCAAACAAAUCAUUAUUGUGAGGUAAAAUUCUGCUCUUGCGUGUCAGUCAUAUGCAUGGCUUCUGGGUUCUAUGAUUUUCGGAACAGAAAAUACAUCUACACUUCGCACUGAAUGGUAUUGGUAUUCUGAACUGCACAUAAGUACAAUAACCCCUAACAAACUGCAAACGGUCCAUGUUAAACAUGUUUUACUCCGUAUUGAUGUGUAACAGUAGGCUCUACAGUUCAAACGCUGAUACAGUUCUGUCAGAGUUCACGCAUCUGGUCUUUGUAGUAUUAUGUCAUUAGUGCCUUAGUCUCUAGCUCAUACAGCGUCUGGUCUGCUUGUGACAACUUAUCUAGCUGGAUAAAGGAGUGUGGUCAGUAUCAAUGAGUAGGGCCUUGAGUUGUUGCUGUCAUAGCCUAUUACCAAGACUUUUAGGUCCCAUAGAGAUGAAAAACACGGCCUCACAGGUACUACUGCGUUGUCCUAUAAACUGUACCUCUGUCCCCAUCUUUCUGCCUGAUGCAACCAUGGCCUUGAGGGCAGAGAUGAAUGUGUUGCUGUGUAAAAAGUACCAUCACUAUAUGUAUACGAUAUAUAUGAAGACAACACAUUUUUGUACUGCAUUCCAUGGGCAUGUACCAAGAUGUUUCUGAACUCUGUAUGACAGAAUGGAGUCUGUCGUUCGGUUAUUGUAUGUUACAAAUAAAUCAUAGGAUUCACACACUCCGGACAAUAGGUCUGUACUCUGCUGUCUCACAAAAGUUUUAUGGAUAGAAUUUUUUUCUUUCUCUUUUAAGCCACGAGGAAUAGUUUUUUUUUAAGGAUAAAUGUGAUAAGGAUAUUAAGAUGUAUAGCUGUCACUGUUAACGUAGUGUGACACAUUUCAAUGGUAGGGAGAAACUGUUCAUACCUGUGUGUUUGUCCCAUAAUGAAUUCAAUGAUAAUUAAAGUGCAGUUCUACAAGAAAGAUAGAUAUGAAGUGACAAUGACCUACAGUAUGGAAACUAUUUAUCUGGCCACAAGAAAACAUAUUUUUUGUAUUCACUGAAAAUAAAGGGUUUCAAAGUAA